AUGGCGAAACAUACUAAAAAGAACUACUACGCAAUUAUCAAAGGCCGUGAUGCUCCUGCAAUAUCUUCAUCAUGGGCUGUAACCCACCUCAAAGUCAGUGGCUAUAGCAAUGCCAAAUACAAAGGAUUUCAAACAUUGAAUGAAGCUAAGUCCUUUAUGGAGAACAACGAAUGUUACAAUUAUGAAUUCUUGGAUGAUGGUGCAGAAGGUGAAAGAGCGCCUGGAAAAGGCGAGGUAGCUUAUUAUGCUGUGGCAGCCGGUAGAAGCCCUGGAGUGUAUGAAUUCUACCAUGAUGGUGCUGAAAAAGAAAUCACGAAGUACCCAUAUUCGUGCCACAAGGCCUUUAAGUCACAGAAAGAGGCAGAAGAGUUCAUACAGAAAUACGAAAAUACUCUUAGUGAUAUGAUGGAUCAACUUCGCCUCUGA